CGUCUGGUUCUCUUUACUCAAAGAAUUUAAAUCAGUACUUGCAGAAAGGGUACCAUCUUCAGUCUUAUUUGUUUGGUACUUCGCUCGGUUUUAGGGUUUAGGAGCAUCUAAAGAAGCUAUUCAAUGGCAGCAAACUCUGAGAAUGGAGGUGCCCCACAAGAGAGCUUCCCAUUAUUCUCAUUAUCCAACCAGAAUUCACUGGGUUUUGGGCUUUUUGGUUCAUCAUCACCGUCUUCAUCAGCUUCUCCAGCAAAGAAUAUUACUCCUCCUCCCCCUCCUUGCAUUGAAGUACUUUUCUCUGAGAUGUCGUCAAGCGUGAAAGCUACUAUGGAAACCGUCAAUUUUAAUUUUGAUGAUGAGACUGUUACUUUGCACAAGGGUCGUGUCAGCACUAGAGAGGUGUUUAAGUUAUUUAAUUCUGAUUUGGUGCCUGGAAAGUACGAAGGUGGGUUGAAGCUAUGGGAAGGUUCACUUGAUUUAGUUAAGAGUCUACAUUCAGAAAUUCACGGUGGGAAGUUAUCUCUUAAUGGCAAGCAAGUUUUAGAGCUUGGAUGUGGUCAUGGUCUUCCUGGAAUAUUUACGUGGCUCAAGGGUGCAGCUGAAGUUCAUUUCCAAGAUUUCAAUGCUGAGGUCCUCCGAUGUCUCACUAUACCGAACGUAAAUGCAAAUCCCAGAGAACCAGAGAGCAAUGCCCACGAGGGAGUUCGGUUCUUUGCUGGUGACUGGAGCGAAAUUCAUCAACUUCUUAACCAUGUGUGUGACCGUAGUGAAGAAAAGUCACCCGAUUCAGGAUCUGAACUUGAUGCUGGAUACGAUGUUAUUCUAAUGGCAGAGACUGUUUACUGUAUUGAUUCUCUCCAAAACCUUUAUGAACUCAUAAAGAAGUGCCUGAAACGUCCAGAUGGAGUUGUUUACCUGGCAGGAAAGAAGCAUUAUUUUGGAGUGGGAGGGGGGACAAGACAUUUUCUUUCCGUGGUUGAGAACGACGGUGUUAUGGCAGCAUCUUUAAUAGCAGAAGUGACAGAUGGUUCAUCAAAUGUCCGAGAUGUGUGGAAGUUAUCAUUCAAGUAAAGAGUUUUCUAUAUCAUGUACCAUUCAUGUGGAUUUGAGUGAAGCCCUAUUGUUAAUACUGGUGACAACUGACAACAAAUAGCGUUGAAGUUCUCAUUCAAGGAUGAGUUUUUCGAUAUCAGAUAUUAUCUAUGGAUGUUAGUUGAACCCUGUUGUUAACGCUGGUGGCAGAAGACAAGAGUUAAUAUAGCUUGAAAGGCUCUUACAUACAAGAGCAACUUUCAAGUGGAGCUCUUGCAAGGUGUGUCUAGCCACAAUGCUUUAUCUUUUAUUGUAACUUUCAAUUUGCUGAAUUCACUUGAUUUUACGACACUGAUAUCUAGUUUUAUUAAAUCAUUCCUUGAUCCUC